AGUUUAGUAUCGAUCGCACGCUCUAUCACAAUUUUAAUCAUUUUCUCUUUUCCAACUUUCAUUUCUCGAUUUUAUUUUUUCAAAGAAUGAGAACCGACUCUGUGACAGAUUCCUGCUGUAGCAGUGAGUAUUCAUAUUGUAGCUGUGAUUGCGUCAAACAACGAAAAGUUGCCGAGGUUCCACAAAUCGGGUACAGUCUUGAUGAGCUCAAUGCUAAAAGGGAGGAACCGAAAUGGAGAGUUGCCAGAUACACUGCAAUUGCGAUGUUCUGGGGAAUUUGGGGAGCGCUGCUUGCAGGCUCAAUCCUUAUCAUUGUGCUCAAUAAUCACGACGUUGCGAGCACUACUGCCGCUCCAACCACAACAACCACCAACGGACAGUAAUUUUUGUAUAAAGCCAAGCUGUCAAUAAAGUUGAUUGAUAAAUAAAAUAAGAUCGUCACAUAUC